UCUAAAGCAUGACAUCAUUUUCUGGAAUUUUCCAAGCUAUUUAAAGGCACAGUCAACUUAGUGUAUGUGAACUUCUGACCCACUGGAAUUGUGAUACAGUGAAUUAAUGUCUGAAACAAUUGUUGGAAAAAUUACUUGUCAUGCACAAGGUAGAUGUCUUAACCGACUUGCCAAAACUAUAGUUUGUUAACAAGACAUUUGUGAAGUGGUUGAAAAGAGUUUUAAUGACUCCAACCAACCUAAGUGUAUGUAAACUUCCGACUUCAACUCUAUCUGGCCAAAGGCAAAUGCUGUAACAGAGCAGGUUUCUGUAUGUCAAUAGAAUGUUAUCGAUCAUCUGUAUGGCAUAUUGAUUAGCUAGCUGUACCAGGGUGGGAGUUUCAUCCAAUAGUGUUAUACAGUAGAAUGCUACAUCGCUAUAGUGGAAAGCUAUUAUAGAAAUGUGUGCUUGAAAGCUAUUUCAGUACUUUGUGUGAAUGCUGGUGUUCUACACCUGAGUGUACAAAAUAUUAGGAACACCUUCCUGAUAUUGAGUUGCACCCCCUUUUGCCCUCAGAACAGCCUCAGUUCGCUGGGUCAUGGACCACAAGGUGUCGAAAAGCGUUCCACAGGGAUACUGGCCCAUGUUGACUCCAAUGCUUCCCGCAGAUGUCAAGUUGGCUGGAUGUCCUUUGAGUGGUGGACCAUUCUUGAUACACACAGGAAACUGUUGCAUGUGAAAAACUCAGCAGCGUUGCAGUUCUUGACACUCAAACCGGAGCGCCUACUACCAUUCCCCGUUCAAAGGCACUUCAAUAUUUUGUCUUGCCCGUUCACCCUCUGAAUGGUGCCCACACAAUCCAUGUCUGAAUUGUCUCAAGACUUAAAAAUCCUCCUUUUGUCUCUUCCCUUCAUAGACACAGGUGACAUCAAUAAGGGAUUAUAGCUUUCACCGAGUCAGUAUGUGAUGGGAAGAGCAGGUGUUCCUAAUGUUUUGUACACUCAAUGUAGUUGUGUGUUAAAGUGUGAAUGUUUUUUGGACUUUGAUCAUGAAAGCUAAAUAAUAAUAGGUAGGUUUGUUACUGUGGUGCUGUUUGUAAGAUUUUCCCAUGUUCUAUGAAAAUAAAGUGUCAUUUUUUAUUUUUUUUUAAAUGUUGAAAGUCUAGAGGGAAGGGAUAAGGGUUGUUAAGAUAAAUAUAUUUGCUACUUUCCAUUGUCCAUACUAAUAUCAUUGCUACGUUCUAAUUGGUAUGCGUUUAAGUUGGAAUUGCAAGAGAAACCGAAAAAGUACCAGCAUGUGAAUUCAAUAAUGUCUUCAUUAUGAAAGCCAUUCACAUCACAGUGCGUGACAUGACGGAUGAUAUAGAUACUGGCGUCACCAUAACAACCACCAGGCGUCAGUAUCAGCGCAAGCAAGGAUAAACAUCAAGGGUGUGUUCGUAAAUUCACUUUGGCUGGUUAUUUUGGGUGUUCGUAAAUUCAAUCUGGAGUGCCAGAGUGCGCUCAGACUGCAUCUGGGCGUUCAUAAAUUUGUUACGCUCUCGGAGCGUUCAGACAGGACACUGGAUGCUUUGGCUAGUAGUCAAGUAUCCAAGCUAACUGACUAUAAUUGGCUAGAUUGCUAGCUACUUCCAGAUACAAAUGAAAGAACACCUCACUCUAACCAUUUUACUCGUCAUAGCAUAGCAGAGCAGAUUGGGGGGUUUUCAUGUUAUCUAGAGCGUUUGUGACUAACUGCUGCUGGCAACAAUUUCAUAGUUUUUUUGCCAAUGUCUACCGACCGGUAAUAUUCAAUGGGUGUUGCACGUUCGUAAAUUCAUCAGUUAUUUAGUGAUUUGGCACUAACGAGAGUGCUCUGAAAUUGGAGUAGAUGGCCCUUAUGAAUUUACGAACGCGCCCGAGAGUGCUCUGAAAUCUGAGUUGAUUGCCACAGUGAAUAUACAAGCGCACCCCUACUCCGAUUUCAGUACCUGAGCGCAGAAUAAUUAGCGAAUGAAUUUAUGAACGCACACCACCUGUUGAAUAUUACAGGUAUCAGGAAAUGUCGGCAAAAAGACGUUAUUAAAUUGUUGCCAGCAGCACAGUUACAGUCACCAACUCUCUAGAUGACAUGAGAACAGUUUAACCUGCUCUGCUAAGGCGAGAGAGAGAACUAAAUUUACGAACGCACAGAACGCACUCUGGCACUCCAGAGCGAAUUUACGAACACACCCCAAGUUGAUCGGGAGGCAGCGGCAGGUAGGCGACGUGAUAAAAUAACGUGAUAAUGUGUGCAAAUAUUUUGAGCUACUAUUCGUGGAUAUUGCGUUUACUUUAUAAAAACGUAUCUGAUUAAUACGGGGUACUCAUGAACUGACUCACUAGCCUAUGUUAUCAUUGUUCAAGGUGAAUUUUUCCUACUGUAGUAGUAAAUAAAGUCGUUGGCAACUUGGCAUCCAGUGCAUAGUUGACAGCAUAUUUGAGAGAAAGUUCAAAUGAUUGUCUUACUAGUGGUCAUGUCAGCUCUUAUGUCAUGUUUAUGCCAUUGUUAGGCUAUUUCCAUGUCUCCCACUGAAGAAAAGGUGUGUGUGUACUGUGUUCAGAGACAUUUAAAGGAAAAUACAAUAAACCAGUGGAGGCUGCUGAGGGGAGCAAGGCACAUAAUAAUGGCUGGAAAGGAGCUAAUGGAAUGGCAUCUUACACAUGGAACCCAUAUUUGAUACCAUUCCACCUAUUCCGCUCCAGCCAUUACCACGAGCCUGUCCUCCCCAAUUAAGGUGCCACCAACCUCCUGUGCAAUAAACAGUCAUUUUUGUGUUAUGCUUCAGCAACUCACAUAUCCAUGGCUACCCGGAUGGUGCAACUCGCUCAGCCCAAACCCAACCUGCUCCGAUUCCCCGACCGACGGUCAGUCUACUGGCUAGAUGAACUCCCACCUGAAAGAAAUGGCUCCACCACCGCGUUGGAGUUGACGCCCCACUGGUCCCAGCUGUGUGGCAGGAAGCGGCUUAAUUCUGGGUUUGAACAAAGCAGGUCAUCUCCCCAAUGGGAGGUCAGUGUAGCAGCUUUGAGUGCCUAUCCAUCCAAUAGAGUGUGUUAUCUGGCUUUGCCCCGCCUCCCCACCGUAGGCUGGGAACCUGACCGCCCCCUACUGGCCUCCACUGCAGUAGCCAGUCCUAGGGUCUGCCAGUUGGCCUGUCCCAAGUGGAGGCAGGGUCUCUAUUCGCCCAAGACCUCACUGGCACCCCCUCACCCAGCUGCAACCUCCUCCCAACUACAGCUCCUCGCCAGUUAGACACUUAGGAUACCUCGUAUUUACCUCAGACAGUAACGUUUAGUAACGGCCACCCAACUACAUUGCAAAGUAAAUGUGGUGUUCAUUUUUAGCCUGAAAAUUGUCGCUACUCUAUCUACAUCUGACUCGCACACACUCUCUCCAUUACUCUCUGUCUCCUUCCACCUCCCCACCACACCUCCCCUCUCCCAGUCCCUAAGUCUGACCACCCCCAGUAUGCCCAGGACCGUCCAGUCAGCUGGCCAGUGCCGGGGCCAGUGAGGAAGGCAGUAACCAGUGAGAGGGUGCAGGUCCUUUCACAGCCCAACCAGCAGAAGGCGCUGUUCCAAGGCUACAACCCGUACACGGUUACCCUAGCUGCACGCUCCGCUAGCGCCUCGCCGCACCUACAGGAGCUUUGUCUGCCCAUGCCACGGAAAUGCAAGGCCAAAUAGACGAAUGCAUCUCAUCUCACACCUCUACAGUACCUCCGGCUGCCUCUUCUUCAGAUACUCUGUCUCCUGUACAGCAUGUCUAUGUCCCUGAUCACCACUGCUCCAUAAUAAAGACCCUCUAUGAUAUCAUUGA